UACAGAAUUGAUGACAUUAGCAAAUGUGCAUUAUUAUAUUAAUAAUGAAAACUGAAAUUUGAAGAUCUCAAAUCAAAUAUCAUCUAUGACCCUAUGGGCUAUCCGGCUAUGGCUCAAUUUAUUGCUCAAAUGCUCACUUACGAUGUUGCGAAACCUUAACGGUAUUAUUAUUCAAGACACGUCUUGUGAUUGGAAGCGUUCCAUUGAUUCAUUUAUAUUGUGUUACCUACCUCAUAAAUAAUAUUAUAUUUUAUUAAAUUCAUACUCAUUAACUAAAAGUUAUGUGAGAGUGUUCUUAAAUUAUAUGUAUACAAAAAACGUAUAUAUACAUUUUUUCUUAAUACCUUAUUAGUAUAUACUAAAAUGGAGCAGAAGGAAAAUAAUAGUCAGUCGUCAAUAAAGGAACAGUCCGAAUUAGAAAAAUACAAAAAGAAUUUGCACAAUUUAGUAGUUGCGUAUAAGAAACUAACACUAGAAAAAAAAGCUCUGGAAGACACAUUGAAGGCAUCCUCAAACUAUGAUAGAGAAGAUGCAUCAGAGACUGAUACUUCAGAGGUGUCUAAUGAUUCUCAACAAUCACGAUUUAUCAAUUUAGUAAAUACUAUAGCUAGUUUACAAAGAGAAAAAAAUGAAGCUGAAGAAAUUGCAGCUGAUGAAAAACAACACCUCCAAGAUAAAAUAUUUGAGCUUGAAAAAUUGGUUAAAGAAUUGAAUAAUAAAAUGGAUACAUUAAAAAAACUUCAACGAUUAGAGAUGGAAAAUAUUAAAGCAAAAUUCAAUAAAGAGCGAUUACAACGAGAAAAAGAAUUUAAUGACCACGGAGUUAUGAUGAGAGAAUUACAAAAAUUAAUGGCUGAGGAACGUAGGCAAAAAGAGCAAGCUGAAUCAUUAGCAGAUAGUUUGCAAAAAGAAAUUGUUCAUGUCCACAGAGAAAAUGAAAACUUAAAAAAAUCUACUCAAGAUAUGGAAGUUGAAUUAAAAGAUAUUAAACAAAAAUUAAAGUAUAGAGAAGAAGAAACAUCUGGUAUGUUAUCUCAGUUACGACAUGAAGUCAAAGCAGUGAGACAGAAUCAUUCAAUUGCCAUUGCUCAAGAACAACAAAGAGCAACAGACGCAGAAAAUCGAGCUAGGGAACUUGCAAUUUCACAUGAAGUAAGAGUCUCAAAUUUAGAAACACGUUUGACAGAACUUUCAAACUCAAUUUGUGUUUAUGAUAAGAUAAGACAUCAAGAUGAACUGACUAUACAAUCAUUAAAGGAACAAAUAAAUAAAUUGGAAAUAGAAAAUGAAAAUGAAAAUGAAAGUGAAAAUAAUGAAGAAUACACUGUAUCUGAAAUAGUUGAAAAAUUCAAGCACUUCAAAACUCUUUUAUUAAAUUUAGCUAAGACAUCAGAAGUUCCUUUAAAUAUUGAAGAUUUAAUAUUAAAAGAUUUUGAUUUUGAUAUUUACGAUUAUAAAAUGAAACACAUCGAACAUUCAGAUCAGCAAGAUGAAAAUAAUUUGUCUUCUAAACAAGAUAAUUCAGUUUUAUUAAAUCAAGUAAAAAGUUUAAAACAACAUGUCAACACACUGCAACUUGAACAAGACCAGCUGGAGCGCAAAUACAAAGAAAAAUUAGAAGAUAAUGAAGAAAAUAACAGUUGGAAAGAAAAAUAUAUGGCAAAUGAUUUGGAAUGGCGUAAACGGACAUCAAUUUUAGAACAACAGUUAUUAAAACAACGUGAUAAAGCACAAGAACUGGUAUUAGAAAAAGAACUGGAACUAAAUACUUUACGUGAAACUCUACAUUCUACAAAAUAUAACAGAAAAACAUCCCACUCUUCAACUGGCUCAAGGAAAGAGUUCCAGGAAUAUUUGGAUGAAGAAUCUAGUAAAAAAGGAUCACAUCUGCUUCAUUAUGCACACGAAUUAGCUCUGAAGGAUAUGGAGAUAUCCAAAUUUAGAAAAUCUAAGUCUAAAAUAGAAUCUAAGUACAGAGACUUACAGAAAAGUACAGCUGAUAUGCAGCAGCAAUAUAAAGCAGAUAUCGAUAAACUAAACCAACAAUUAGUUAGACUUGAAUCAUGUAAAUCUAGAGAAGGUGCUAAUUUAGAAUAUCUAAAAAAUGUAACAUUGAGUUACUUCCUUACAGCUGAUGAUAAAAUUCGAAAACAUAUGGUAAAUGCAAUAGCAGCAGUUUUGAAAUUUUCUGAUAGCGAAGCAGAAAAAGCCAUUAAAAGUUUAUCUCAAGGCAAAUAAAUACUAUUUUUUGUUUGAUUGAUAAUUAUUGAGUGAGAUUUAAUUAAUGUAAUAUAUAUAUUAAAUAUUUCCUAUUUUAGACGCUUAUUUAUUUUAUUUUGUUUUAAGUUUUUA